AUGCAAAAUUUGCUGGCAGGAAGCUUUAGCACUGCCUCAAUAUUUGUUUCUUUUCGGUACGAUAUAGAGGAGGGUGCCCCUGAAAUGACACAAAGAGAACGGAGAGGAAACCAGGACCUGGGUGUUAAAAUGGGGAAAAUAUCUGAGGUGGAAAUGUCUUGGUAG